GAAGGAAAAGAUUGCGGCGCCAUAAACACACUCCCUCUCAGUCCGACACCACCUUUCACUCUCCACUCAAAACCCUAACUUCGAUUCAUAUGCUAAUUUCUAUUAAUUCUUCGUAAUUUUUUUCGAAUAUCUUUCUCAAAAGUUUGUAUUAAUGGAGCAAAAACAGAAAGAGCAGAAAUUUUUAGUUUCAUCUGCAUCAAUGGUUUUACGUUCUUCGUAUUCUAUAGUUUUGGAAACCGGUUCGGUUUUUUGUCGGUUCACUUUUCAGUCCGGUUCACCUGAGCUUCGAUUUGGUCAUGGCUCAAAUGACGUCAUUUUUGUUAAUCUUCAAUCUUCCCAGUUAUUCAAGCUAGGCCCUGCUGACUCUCUAUGCAUAUCUGAAGCUUCUGAAGCCAAUAAAGAGAUACCAUAUUCAAGGGGAAUUUCCAUUCAAUUUAGAAACGAGGAGGAAAGUAGGGCCUUCCAUUGUGCAUUUGAACAAUGGAAGAAGGAAGUGGUUGUUCAAGAAUGUCCUUUGACAAAUGGAGCAGUAUCAACUUCGAAAAGCAAAUUUGAUGACAAAAUAGAGUCAUCUUCUGCCAAAAUGUACUUUCACUACUAUGGGCAGCUAUUGCAUCAGCAGAAUAUGUUGCAGGAUUUUGUAAGGACAGGAACCUAUUAUUCUGCUGUUAUUGAGAACCGUGCUGAUUUUCUUGGUCGCAUAGUGGUUGAUGUUGGUGCUGGUAGUGGCAUUUUGUCAUUAUUUGCUGCUCAGGCCGGGGCAAAGCAUGUUUAUGCCAUAGAGGCUUCUGAAAUGGCCGAAUAUGCAAGAAAACUUAUUGCUGGAAAUCCAUCACUGAAUGAAAGAAUUACAGUAAUCAAAGGAAAGGUUGAAGAUGUAGAGUUACCUGAGAAAGCUGAUAUUUUGAUCUCUGAGCCAAUGGGUACUUUGUUAGUUAAUGAAAGAAUGUUGGAGUCCUACGUGAUUGCAAGAGACCGAUUUCUUGUUCAAAAUGGAAAAAUGUUUCCUGGUGUUGGAAGAAUACACAUGGCACCAUUUAGUGACGAAUAUUUGUAUAUGGAAAUAGCAAAUAAGGCGACCUUUUGGCAGCAACAAAACUACUUUGGGGUUGAUUUGACACCUUUGCACGGAUCUGCUUACCAAGGAUACUUUUCUCAGCCAGUUGUUGAUGCUUUCGAUCCUAGGUUAUUGGUAGCUCCUGCAGUGUCCCAUGUGAUAAACUUCAAUUCCAUAAAGGAAGAAGAUUUAUAUGAAAUUGACAUCCCGUUGAGAUUUCUGUCUUCUGUUAGCACUAGAAUUCAUGGGCUGGCUUGCUGGUUUGAUGUACUUUUUAAUGGAAGCACUGUGCAAAGGUGGCUGACCACUGCUCCGGGUGCAGCAACAACUCAUUGGUAUCAGCUUCGGUGUGUCUUACCACAACCACUUUAUGUCAUGCCGGGACAGGAGAUAACUGGUCGGCUUCACCUAGUUGCCCAUAAGGCACAAAGUUAUACCAUUUACCUAACAUUGUCAGGUAGGUCUUUAUUAUGGUUAUUUGCAACAUGUCCAUCAUGUCUGGUCUCUAAUUCCUAUCCAGACAUAGAAUUACCAUCUCGAGAUGAAGAUGGCUCAAUCCUGAUGCAACCACCUUCCCCAAAUUCAGGCGCUGAUCUACAUUCACUUUGA